AGUCAGAUACCGACCAUUGAUGUGGAUGCAUACCCUACACCUGCAAUUGCCCAUACUUCAGCAGCCGGUCAUGAAACUGGUUCACCAACCACCUCCUCUGUCAUGUGCCCCACUUGCCACACUUCAUUUCCUUUAAGCUUAAUAGAAGAGCAUGCYGAUAUCUGCUGUGAGAGAGUUGCCAGGGCUUCAGAGCUGGCUUAUAGUAACCUGAUGUUGACUAUGGAAGUGGAAGAUAAUCAAGAUAAUCCAGCACAAGAUGUUGACCACAUGGCUCAAGAACGUGAAGAAGAGAAGUCUGAGCUCAAAUACAUAAUAGAAAAAAUUAAAGGGCGAGUUUCUGCGAAGUCAUCACACAUUGAUGUACAAAGAAAAUUCAUAUUUGAUGACUAUUUAGAGGGAAGAAAGAGGCCAUGGAUCAAAGCAGAAAACCGCUUGUCUGUAGUUUUCAUUGGUGAAGCUGCUGUCGAUGAUGGGGGACCAAGAAGAGAAUUUUUCACAGAAAUUUUUGAACAUGUGAAAAGACGUCUCUUUAUCCAAGAUGACAAAGAUGGAUUUGUUCCAUUGGAAAGUACUGUGGCCUUAACAGAAGGCAGCUUUAAAGUUGCAGGAGAGCUGAUGGCCAUGUCCCUCGCUCAAGGUGGGCCUGCACCAAAUUUUCUUGCCUCUUGGGUGUAUGACUACUUGUCCUCAGGCCUUGAUGGUGUGCCAGCCCAAAUUGAGAAUAUCAAAGAUAGCAAAUUCAAAAGGGUUGCAGAAAAGAUAAUGGCAGUUGAAACAGAAAAAGAUCUGCAGGAGGUAUUGACAGAAGAUGAUUCAAUGGAUAUUUUAAAUGAAGUUGGAUAUCGAGGAGUUCCUCAAAGAGAGAAGAUUAAAAACAAAGACAAAAUUCUAAGAUCUGUGUAUGUCAAGGUGUAUGUAGAGCCAAAAAUUCCGAUGCUUAAUCAGAUGGCCAAAGGAUUAGAGUUGUAUGGGGUACUGGAUGAGAUUACGAAGAAUAAAGAGGAAAUGAGAAAGGUCUUCACCUUUGACAACUUCGAAGAGCUAACAAAUGCAUCCUUGCGGGCCCUUUGGUCUAUUAAUUUUUCUCUCCCUCAGAAGUUGAAGGAAGAUGAAAUUAUUACCUACAAGGCGUUUGCAGACUUUAUUUGUAUGGUAGAGUAUGAAGGCAUGUCAAAAUAUGAGGUAUCUCUUGCAGAUGUUCUAAAAUUCAUCACUGGCUGUACACAAGUACCUCCCCUAGGGUUUUCAAAGAAAAUUGCCAUCACUUUUGUUCAUGGAUGUGAGUCAGGAUGUAAAUGUCGCCCAACAGCCUCAACAUGUGCACUGGAACUCAGGCUUCCAAUACACAUAAAAUCAUUUGAUGAUAUGGUAUCAUGUGGGGUAUCCAUGCUCAAAGAAUGUUUUGGAUUUGGAAAUGUCUGAGUUUGUGUCUUCAACUAACACAGUGGAGUAUAGUUUAAGGUUUUGAUGAUUCUUUCUCUCAGAUUUUAACAAUUGGCUGAAUACAUGAUGCAUAGAUAUGAUGCUGUGUUUGAGUACACCAGUAAUUCUGUUGCUUAGUUUUCAAUUCCAUGCAUUUCAACAAAAGUGAGUGCAAGUCUUUGUAUUGUUGAGGUUGUGACUUUUUUACAUUAGCAUAGGUGAUUACGAACAUUCUGACACCAAGCUAAGACUAAGCCUGAGUUAAUAGUCUGUAAUCAGGGAACACAGUGGUUUUUGACUUAUAAUUUGAAACUGGUUCAUUGUUUUCAUUAUUUAGAACACUUAAUCUAUCAAAAAAGUAAUGAAUUAUURAACUGUUGCUGUUUAGUGGCUUAGCUGGUAGGAAUAAAAAAUGAAGUGCACUGGUCUGUGCACUUGUUUGACUUUUAGAUUUACAGAGUAUAAAAUAAUUUACAUAUCAAUGUUAUGGUACCACGUUAUGUAAUAAGUAAGAAAUAAAUAUUGAGGUACCAGCUAAACUUAAUGUGUUAUCAGCAUUUGGUUCUGAAAUAUUUAAAUUUAUUCUUCAUAUGUUUUUAUAGGUACGAAUAUAGUCAAUAAACUACCUAUUAUCUUUA